AUGUCCGAUUAUCCGCCCUGGGUAUGGAAUACGCCCGAGCACGCGGGCUUCCGUGCGACUCGGAAAUACUACAGCGCCGCAGAAGGUCCCAUUGACCCAACGAAAGUCAAGCUCCCAUCGCCAUUCGUGGUCGUGGUCGUUGGAGGGAGUAAAGGCAUUGGUGCAGGCAUCGCAAAAGCUUACGCCCAGGCAGGCGCAUCCGCGAUAGUUGUAACAUCGCGCAAAGCAGCCGAUCUCCAUGCCGUUGCGGCAGAGCUUGCACGCGUCCAGCCGGAGACAAAAGUCGUACAACAUGCGGUCGAUGUCACCAGUGAAGCGCAGGUUCGCGAGCUGAGUGCCAUGGUUGAGAGCACAUUCGGGCGACUCGAUGUGCUCGUCGCCAAUGCCGGUGUCGCCCCGGGGCUGAUACCCGAUGACACUCUACCCGUUAAUGAGGUCCAAUCCAACGGGACCAAACGCAAGGCUUACAGAUUCCGCCCCACGGUUGCGGCCGAAAACGUCGCAGACUUCACACGGGUCGUCAACACCAACUUUGUGGGCUCCUUGAUCGUGGCCACUAGUUUCCUUCCGCUCCUCCAGAAGACGCGCGACGGACCACAGACGCUGAUCUUCUCUUCGAGCGGCUCCUCGCUAGAUACGAGCAGUCAGCUGGCGCCGGCCUCGUACAAUAUUAGCAAAAUGGCCGUCAACCGGCUGGCGGAACACAUCCAUGAAGACCACUUUGAGAAAGAUGGCGUGGUGGCCAUCGCCCUGCACCCGGGCUGCAUUCAGACUCCGAUAAGUGUGGAUUAUCCACCGUUGUGGGACAACAUAUUGACAGACGAUAUCAGUCUUCCUGGUGGAGUCUGUGUCUGGUUGACGGCUGAGAAGCGCGGAUGGCUGUCGGGUCGGUAUUACUGCGCGAACUGGGACGUGGAUGAGCUGUUGAGUCGGAAGAACGAAAUCGUGGAAAGGGACUUGUUCAAGAUGCGAUUGGUGUUGUAG